AUGCCAAUCUCUACUGCACUUGUGGCUGCCAUGCAUACCGUCGAGAAGAUGCCGAAUGCACCGACGAAGCGACUCGGCGUUGACCUGAAUAUUGAUACUGGCUAUAAGGCAAAAAGAAGAGGAAGCAUAUCUCCGCCCCAGACACCGGAGGCGCAGGCUUCCAGUCCAGAAAAUAUUACUUCAUCGAAUCGGGCGCUUAAUCUGCGAAGUGGAACAGGGCAUUCAUUUUUAGAUGACAUUACACCAGUUGAUCCUUCCAACAAAGAAAAUGAUCCUGAGAAUGUGCGAAAUAACCGGGAUUCUCACGACCUCUCCCUUUCCCCCCGACAAGUUACCCGCGACUCAUUGGUAGAUCAUAUGCUACUUUCCUUGGACCAAUUCUCUUUCGGGCAGGAAGAUUUUAGCUUGCGCAAUCCUACACUGGACGAAGAUCGGUUAUAUUCCUCCUUUGGUGAUGAAGAACCAUAUCAAUCACCUCAAAACUUCGCAGCUAGAGGUGGCAGAGGACACGCUCACUCCUUCAGUUCCGACUACGAUCCAGCAGACGAUUCAAGUCAUUAUUCCGACAAGAUUUCUCGCAGCCGAAGAAGCAAUAGCAGUUCCAACUUCCAAACGGGGUUGACUAGAAUCAAUAGUAUACGCAACGAUACAGGUGGUUCACUUAGAGGACCUCCAAUUCCACAGCGAGGAGGGAGAAAGAAUACCGGUAGUAGUGUGGGGAGUAGUGCGAAUAGUUUUGACCUUGGAUACGCACAAAUUACAGGCAGCCAGAGGUGGGCGCAUGGCUUAGCAGGAAGGUCUUCAAGCUUUGAUUACGGAAGCGGUCACCAAGCAACUUCACAAUUAAAUGCAGGAAGAUAUAUCAAUACAAAUGUACCUUCGACCCCUACAUACGACUACGACGCUGCUCCCACGCCCACAGUACCUGGUGGUCCACGACGCCCUCGACCUACAUCCCCAAUUUUGGUCUCAAGACCCGACCCUAGUCUCAUCGAUCCCCCAAUGGAGAAGUUAGAAAGAAAAAGGAGCGCAAAGUCCUCGAAGAGCGCAUAUAAGUCGAAGGGGUUCACGAACACUGCCAGGCAUGACUAUGGUCUCAAUUUAAAUGAUCGCAGUAAAGAAUUGCCACCCAUGCCAGCAUUCAUCAAAGAGCCAUCUCCGCCAAAUUGUGGGUCAUACUCAAAAACAAAAGAUAUUCUCGGGUCGCCGCAAGCUUUCACCCAAACGCCCAAGGAACGACCUGGAUUCUUCAGAAGGGUUUUCGGCUCUUCCAGGAACAACAAUGUUGCGGUACCCGACCCACCACCGUCGCACGGUUCCACUACCUCUACUGAAACGGCGGAUCAUCCAGGUAGCAAAACUCACAUUGCUAACCAGAUGAAGUCUAAUAACAUAGCACCGUCUCGAGAAAAUCCGCAAGCCCCAAAGGAACAACCGCAUGUAAUUACCAAAAAACCUUCAUCAUUCUUCCGAAGGCGUAAAAAGUCGGUAUCUGAGGCCGAACCCAUUCCCGUUCCACCAAUGCCGUUGCCACCCAUGAAACUCGAGCCACACAAAUUGCGACCGGACAUUCCAGAUUGGCAACCUGAGGCUAGCCCCGUCAGUAGUCUUCGCCAAGUCAUGAAUCCAUACCUUCAUAGCCCCGGGAGACCUCCUAUUGAAGCUCAUGCACCAACGGCUAGUCUCGAUCGGCAAGUUAAUGAUAUUUCCGAUGAUGUUGAAAAUAGACGCCAUGUAAGAGGUUUUUCUUCAGACUACGAUCCAGACCCAAAUGCUACCAUCAGACAAAUACCUCCUUCGAAACCAGCGUCAUCGCAUGCCGGAGACAGUCGCAAGCCAUCUUAUUCGUCCAUCAAACAACCACGUAGAUCGGCAAGUACCAACUUAGCAUUACCUGGUGGAUUCGAUGGGCAGGCCAGAGAGGAACGUGAAACAUUUUUCCAAGGUUCUACUGAGAAUGAUGGUGACGCGAAGUUUAAGUUGGAGAUCACGAAAGAUGUACCUGGUAAUACACCGUUACCCAGUACGACAUCUCCUGGUCGCUCUCCUUCGGUGGCGAGAGAUAUCGCUCUUGUUGCGGAAUAUGAAAGAACACAUUCCAAACGUUCUCCACCGCCCUCCAAAGUUUUACCGAAAUCAGAGCCCAAGGCAGCAGAGCCUCCUUUGGAUUCACCUCUAAGCAAGGUGGGUUCUAAUGACAGUCAGGAACUACCAGCAGGUCCUGCCAAAGAAGAAGAUUGGAUCGUUCUUUCUCCUUCUAAAUCGGAGUUUCCAGAGAAAGAUCGCAUUUGGUUGGAACCUGGAUCAUCUGAAGAUGAUCUACCAGGUACAAAUACCUUAAAACCUAAAUUCGCAAACUCGAUUGCAGCUACAGGAUCUACAGAUACCAUAUACAAAUCGGCUGUCAGUCUACCACUGUUGCAAGUUGAGGGACAAGAAGAAGGUCCCCCUUCCAGUCCGCCUACUAUGUCCGAUAGAGAAUAUGUUGAGCCAUUUGAUGACUCUGAAUCAGAAGGAGUUGACGACGCACAACCUACGGAGGAAGACCUAAUUAGAGCACAGAAAAUUUACGAUGGCAAUGAGGAUUUCAUUCAAAAAGAAAAGGCGACGGCAUGGAUGGGAGAUGAGGGAGUUGUUCGAGCAAGGACGCUAAAAGCUUAUAUGAGCCUUUAUGACUUUGCGAAUCUUAAUAUUCUUGCCUCGAUGCGUGUAGUGUGUGGCAGAUUAGUGCUCAAGGGUGAAAGUCAACAAGUUGACAGAAUCUUGGACGCGUUCUCGAAGAGAUGGUGUCAGAGCAAUCCCAACCAUGGAUUUAAAGCUACUGAUGUCGUACAUACAAUUUGUUACUCGGUUCUUCUGCUCAACACGGAUUUGCAUCUUGCCGAUAUUGAACAAAAGAUGACUCGUAGUCAAUUCAUCAAGAAUACAAUGCCUACGAUCCGUCGAAGUGUAGCAGAGUCUGCGCAUGAAUUUGAGCCUAGUAGGCCUACAGUGCUCCCUGGAAAAAGUUCUGCUUUUGAUGACCCUCAUGUCAAUGACGAAAACUCCGACGCUAUAUCAAUUGAAGCUUUUGAAAAACCUUCUUGGAGGUCUUCAUUCAAGCCUGCGCCACGUCCAGAUCCUGAUAAUCCAAGUGCUCCCACACCUUUAGAUUAUGAUACUCCCAUGGAUGAUUGUGGCCCCUUGGUCAAGGCACCUUUCCGCGGAACAUUACGUACGUGGGAAGUACAGGUUGAGAUUGUUCUCAAGGAUUUUUACAAUUCUAUCCGGAAUGAUCGGCUUCCAUUGUUUGGCGCUGUCGAUAGGUUACAAAUGCCGGCUUCAUCAUCCAGCACUCUUUCAGUAUUCACCAAUGGUAUGUUGCGCCGUUCUCCUAGUGUUCUGAGUAAAGCUCCCUCAGAAUCACCUAGUUAUCUUCGUGGAAGAACAGCAGAGACUGUACGCACAAAUGGAAAGUGGAGCAAUAAGACUAGAUCGAGACCUCGUUUAUAUCCUAACUCAGGAAUGGGAUCUAGUCGAACUAGUCUGGAUGAUCAAUCAUCUAUGUGGAGUCCUUCGGUGUCGUCUAGUACCUGGAGCAAGUAUUCUCUUGGAAAACAUACCUCGAUGUCCGUGGACUCUCUUGGUUCGGCAUUCCAAGGCGAUUAUCAACAAUCUAUUGGAUUCGCCAAUGCUCUCAGCCAAGCAAUCAUCCGUGAAGAGACGGUCCAUAGCUCAGGAAGUAGGGGCAGUGAUCAUGAAGAACUUCGUGUUGCCCCUCUACUUGAUGAUGAAUCUUUAGAACUGGCUGGUGCACCAUGGGCCAAGGAAGGUAUGGUCAAGCACAAGCAUCAUCUGGAAGCUCUCGACAAGAAAGCAAAGGACCGUAACUGGAUUGAAACAUUUGCUGUUAUCGAAAAGGGCUACAUGAGCUUGUUCUCUUUCUCCACAAAGAAUGUCCGCAAGCCUAAAACUAGUGGCGGAGUUGUUGGUGGUGGAAAUUGGCAAGAGAAUGCCGAAAAUCUUGGUUCAUUCCUCCUCCGACAAACUAUCGCUAGUGCCCUUCCUUCUCCAGGCUACUCCAAAGCUCGCCCUCAUGUCUGGGCACUUUCCUUGCCCACUGGAGCAGUACAUCUCUUUCAAGUAGGUACAGCAGAUAUCGUCAAAGAAUUUGUCACAACAGCCAAUUAUUGGAGUGCUCGGUUAUCAAACCAUCCUCUCGUAGGUGGUAUUAGUAAUAUCGAAUACGGCUGGUCUGAUGAAAUUGUCAACAACGCCUUGGUCACUGCGAUCAAUGAACAGAAUACCAGACCAUCAACUUCUGGUGCUAGGCCCAGCAUGCAGAGCUCUCUAAGAUCGAGCUUGGAUCACGGCUAUGUAGGAGGGGUUAGAUCAAGAUUGCCAGGUGAUAGAAUUGCUAUAAAUGAUUGGAGUCCUCCAAUACAGAGCAUGAGAGCUAGUAACUUGAUGGAGCCGGAUCAGUUGAAAACACUGACUGCUUAUGUGCAGAGUAUUGAGGAAGAAUUGCAGAAACAUAAUAUGUUGAGAAAUACAAUGCUUCUAGCUUAUUCACCGCGUCAUCCUAACGCACAAAAAGCAAUGGCGAAUUGGGAAAAGAAAUCUUCAUAUUUGCUUCGUGAAAUCGUAAAGUUCACAACAUAUAUUGAUAGUUUACAUGCAGCCGAAAUUGGCAGGCAAAGAAUCUAUCAUGAAAGAGCGGCACAUCAAGCCGUCGCCGAGGGAAAAAAUGAAGAUGAGGAGGCAGAAGUUGAUACCACAAUCACUGGAUGAAACUGAAGCAAUUUUUAAUGCAUGAAAAAACAAUUAAGAUACAUUACGACAAUUAUGUAUAUACGAUACGCAUGACACUGCCCUCAAAAAACUUCCGAUAAUUUGUUCCCUUGAUGGAUAACAGAUGGGAGGAAUGAUUAUAUGGCGAGUAUGGCAGGGAAAAGGAAAGAAUGGCGUUUAUCAAGCUUUUGGGGGGAGGAUGUAGGACGUUUUAAUCUGUUGGCACUUUGAUGAGUAGUGCGCUUCUUGUUACUACUUUGCUAUUUAAUUGGCAUUGGUUUUGCUUUUAGUUGGCCCAAAUUGCUUAUUGAAUUUGAUUGGGCGCGUUGUUGGUUGGUUGGUUGGCUGGUUGUGGUUAUACCCCGUUCGCUGUUGUUGAGUUUGCUUUUGCGCUUUCUUGCUUACUGGCUUGGAUUUUGUUUUUUGCUUGUUUGAAAUGGGAGAGGAGGAUAAGAAAAGAGGUGGAUCAGAGAGAAAGGGUGAAAAGAGAAGAGGAAAUAGGGGUUCGCUUGUGAUGGUCACUUGAGAAUCAGGGAACGGAUUUGAAAUGUCUUGACUUGGAUUAGCUCGGGUUCGCUUCUUCGUGGGGAAAGAAGGCAAGGGAGAGUCGCUGUGUAUAUUUAUGUGUAUUAAUAAUUUGGCUUUGCUUGUCUAUACUAGCUGGUGCUUUGUGGAUAUUGCGAGAGAAAGAGAGACGGUGGGUGAAGAUGAGGAAUGCGGGGUACGAGAGGUAGUUAAGGAAGAAGAGGAAGAGAAAAUUCAUGAGGAUAAUAAUAUAUUUGUUUUAUUGAAACUUAC